AUGGCCGUCACCACAACAGCCGUGCCGUACAAGAUCCACCUUAGGACUUGGCCGGAAAAGAUCCUCAAGUACGACGUCAGGAUAGACAGCUUGUUCCGGCCAGAAAAACGCACCUUCACACAUCGCGUCAACAUAUCCAACAUGUUCUCCACCGGCAUCGGCAAGUUCCAGAUAUGUUCCCCCAGUCCAUAUCGUGUCGCUGCAAGGGCCAUGGAGGCCGAGACCAGCGUGAAUAGCCCGGCCAGGAUGAUGAAAAAGUCAUCGACGAAUAGACGGCGGGUGAUGUACGCACGGCAGACGAUGCGGAGAGAGACAACCACACCCACAAGCACGAUCAAAACCAGGUUGACCUGCCAUAUCGUCGGCUUUUGCGUGGACUUGUCGCUGAGGUCGUAG